UUUAGUCUCCCUCCCUCCGCGUAGGAGAAGCUUCUCCGAGACUUGUCUCUCUGAUUUGAUUUGAUUUGAAGAAGACGCUUGAUCGAGAAAUUUCUCUGAGAUUCAUUCAUUCAUAAACAAGGGGUUUUACAGAAUUUUUAUUAUACAGAGCGAUCUGGUUUUGAAAAAAAAUAUGGGUAGCCCAAAGAAGAACGAGAACAAGGGCUUCUUCGCCGCCAUGACUUCUGGCUUCUCCUUGUUCGGUAGCGCCAUGCCGAGAUCCGUCAACGAGUCGCCAAGUAAUGAAGGAGUUGAGGUCAUAAAUCCUGAUGGUGGCAAGGAAGAUGCAGAAGAGGAAGCUCAUAAAGGAAGGUGGAAGGACGAGGAACGAGAUAGUUACUGGAAGAUGAUGCAGAAAUAUAUAGGUUCGGAUAUUACGUCAAUGGUGACUCUUCCUGUUGUUAUAUUUGAGCCUAUGACUAUGCUCCAGAAGAUGGCUGAGAUACUGGAGUAUUCCCACUUGUUGGAUCAAGCAGAUGAAUGCGAGGAUCCAUACGUACGUUUAGUGUAUGCUUCAUCAUGGGCUAUAUCUGUUUACUUUGCUUUCCAACGAACUUGGAAGCCAUUCAAUCCUAUUCUUGGGGAGACAUAUGAGAUGGCCAACCAUGGUGGAAUUUCUUUUAUUUCUGAGCAGGUUAGCCAUCAUCCUCCAAUGAGUGCUGGUCAUGCAGAGAACGAGCACUUCACUUACGACAUCACAUCAAAGUUGAAAACUAAACUUUUGGGUAAUUCUGUUGAUGUUUAUCCUGUUGGAAGAACUCGUGUAACCCUCAAAAAAGAUGGUGUGGUUCUGGAUUUGGUGCCGCCUCCCACUAAGAUUCACAAUUUAAUAUUUGGAAGAACCUGGGUUGACUCACCUGGGGAAAUGAUCAUGACAAAUUUAACAACUGGAGACAAAGUUGUACUUUAUUUCCAGCCAUGUGGAUGGUUUGGUUCUGGCCGUUAUGAAGUUGAUGGCUACGUUUACAGCGCAGCUGAAGAACCAAAAAUCAUGAUGACAGGAAAAUGGAAUGAGAAAAUGAGCUACCAACCUUGUGAUGCUGAAGGGGAACCUCUUCCAGGCACAGAGCUGAAAGAGGUGUGGCAUUUGGCUGGUGUCCCCAAAAACGACAAAUUCCAGUACACUCACUUUGCUCACAAGUUAAACAGCUUCGACACUGCGCCUGCUAAGCUCUUGGCUUCAGACUCGCGUCUACGUCCUGAUAGAUAUGCUCUUGAGCAGGGUGACCUUUCUAAAGCUGGUGCCGAGAAGCACAGCCUUGAGGAGAGACAAAGGGCCGAAAAGAGGACCAGAGAGACAAAGGGACAAAAGUUCACACCAAGAUGGUUCGAUCUAACGGAUGAGAUAACAGCUACACCAUGGGGAGAUAUUGAAAUAUACCAAUUCAACGGGAAGUACAAGGAACAGCAAGAGACAGAAGCAGGGAGCUCCAAUGAAACGGACCUCAAAUCAAUCGAGUUUAAUCCUUGGCAAUAUGGUAAUAUAUCAACCGAAUGAGGUAACACUCUUAUAGGUUAAUAAGAAUGCUGUGGUACAUGGACUCUCUUGAAAGUGAGUUCCAUGUAGGUUUUUAACUUUGUUCCAGGGUGAAAGAAUUCUGAUUUAUGUAGUUUUGAGUGAUAAAGAAAAAAAAAACAUUCAAAAUUGUGUUUCUCUCUCAUUGUAUCUUUGUUUUCUAUUUCGAUCAGAAGCAAUUAUGUUUGAUGACAAAAAAAAAAAAAAGCAAUUAUGUUUAUUACGUUAUUAAUAGAGAGAUAUGUGUUAUUAUACUUUA